GGACUUUGACACUGGUUCCUUGCAUAACAAACUAACAACACAACUGUUGUUCCUUGUUCCACAACUUUCACUCUAAAAUAAUUAAAACAAAUCGACAAUUAAGAAUUUAAAUAGUUUAAACUCAAUCAUAAACUAGUGAUCGGAGUAAUCUAAUUCUAUGCAUGUGAUAUCUAAAAAUUAAAAUUAGUCAAGUUGAAUUUACGAACAUAUACAUUUCUUAAAACUUUUGUUUUGAUUGACAAAUAUUAAACUAGAAAUGUCUGCCUUAACGAAAACUUUUCAUUCUACGGGGCGAUAUUUCCUCCUAGCUACUCAUCGAAGUAGUGGUGCAUUAAUUCCGGCGACAAAUAGAAGAACAAUUGUCGGAAUGACGCCCGGCUUAGCGGAACAACACGAAAUGUUACGUAAAACAUGUCGCGAUUUUGCGGAAGGCGAAUUAAAACCAAACGCAGCAGAAUGUGAUAAGAAACAUGUCUUUCCGGAGAAGCAGGUCAAAACUAUGGGGGAGCUGGGCCUGAUGGGAAUAACUGUUCCGGAAGCGAAGGGCGGUUCUGGUCUCGACUAUUUGUCAUAUGCGAUCGCGAUGGAGGAAAUUUCACGUGGGUGUGCUACUGCUGGAGUGAUUAUGUCGGCGCAUAACUCUUUAUAUUUGGGCCCUCUAAAGAAAUUCGCCACCCCGGCGCAAGUAGACAAAUGGAUUAGACCCUUCACUACUGGUAAAAAGAUUGGAUGUUUCGCCCUAAGUGAGCCAGGAAAUGGGAGCGAUGCAGGGGCGGCCUCCACCGUGGCGAAAGAUGGGGGUGGCAAGUACAUAAUUAACGGAACAAAGGCCUGGAUUACAAACGGGUAUGAAUCCGAGGCUGGAAUACUUUUUGCCACGACGGAUAAAGCAAAGAAACAUAAAGGGAUCAGUGCCUUUAUCAUACCAAAGCCGACAAAGGGGCUAGAAUUGGGGAAGAAAGAGGACAAACUAGGAAUUCGUGGGUCCUCCACGUGCAAUCUAAUUUUUGAAGAUUGUGAAAUAUCGAAAGAAAAUUUACUAGGAGAGCCAGGAGCUGGGUUUAAAAUUGCAAUGAUGACAUUAGACGAGGGACGGAUAGGAAUUGGGGGGCAAGCAUUGGGAAUUGCUCAAGCCGCUCUCGACUGCGCCAUGGAAUACGCCGAAAAGCGGAUGGCGUUCGGAAGUUCAAUCCUGAAAUUGCAAUCGAUACAAAAUAAAAUUGCCGACAUGGCCAUGCGAAUCGAAGCCUCGAGAUUAUUAGUUUAUCAAGCCGCCGUGUUACGAGAUGCGGAUAAACCUUUCACCAAGGAGGCUGCCAUGGCUAAACUAUACGCGUCUGAAACGGCCACCUUUGCGGCACAUCAAGCCAUCCAAAUCCUGGGAGGAAUGGGAUAUGUAACGGAAAUGCCGGCCGAAAGACAUUACAGAGAUGCUAGAAUUACGGAAAUCUAUGAAGGAACAUCAGAAAUUCAACGUUUAGUAAUUGCCGGUCAAGUGACGAAAGAAUAUGCGAACAAAUCGUAAAAUGGAUCGCGCAUUCGUAGCAUAAAAUAAGGGAAGAACCUAUAAACGUGUUUAUUUUACUAUUACCAUGUCUCGAAACUGUGCGUAAGAUCGAGCUUAUUAAAUAAUAUCAGUAAGAAAUUAUAUACGUAUGUAUACAUACAAAUCAUCAAUAAAUAAAUCUGGAUAAUCAUAUCGCUA